AUGGUGCAUCGAAACACGGGAAAAAAUCAAACAGUACUCUCCCUUGUGGCGGAGCUGGGAUCGGAAAGUAACGCUCAUGGAUUAGCGAGAGUAGUGACAUCACGAGAGACCAAACGGAAAGUGAUCUGGGCCUUAUUAGUGAUUAUCGGAUUUACUGCUGCUACGUUACAAUUAUCAUUACUGGUGAGAAAAUAUCUUCAGUUUCAAGUCGUAGAGGUGUCAGAGAUUAAAGACAGCAUGCCUGUCGAGUUUCCCUCGGUGACCGUGUGCAAUAUUGAACCCAUUUCUUUACGGAAAUUACGUCUAAUGAUAAACAAUUCUGAAAGUGAUUUAGUGCAGUGGUUAACGUUCGUCAACCAUUUUAAUUUCGGUCCGCAGCAAGCCCACUUAACAUCGAUCCGCGCUUUUUAUGAAAAUCUGGGCGAUGCAGCAGAAAAUUUAAGCCACGAUAUCAACGAUUUUAUGAUUCAUUGUCGGUUUAACCAAGAAUUGUGUUCCGUGGCCAAUUUCACCAGUUUUUUUGACGGAAAUUAUUAUAGUUGUUACACAUUUAAUAGUGGCUCUGUGGAAAAAUUACUCAUGCACGCCACUGGUCCUCAAAAUGGCCUCUCGUUAAUUCUUUCUUUGGAUAACGACGACCCUCCAUAUGGAACAUACGGAAUGUAUCAUAUUAAUUCUAAUAUUCUACACAGUGCUGGAGUCCGCGUAGUGAUACAUGCACCUAACACCAUGCCUAGUCCCGUGGAUCACGGUUUCGAUGUGCCGCCAGGAUAUUCAUCUUCGAUUGGAUUAAACGCUGUGAUGCAUACGCGUCUUUCAGAACCGUUUGGAAAUUGUACAAAUAAGGAGUUAGAUGGAUACAAGAGUUACAAGAACACAUUUUUUUCUUGUCUUCAAUUGUGUCAACAACGGAUUAUUAUCAAAAAUUGUGGAUGUAAAUCGUCCAGUUUACCAGAAGUUUUGGAUCCAAACAUCACAUUUUGUGGAGUCGUUCCCAACUGGCAAGAAAUUCUAAAUCGUUCGACUGAAUACAAAAACAAAACUAUUGCUGUUCCAAAUUUGGCAUGCGAAGAAAAAUAUGUGGUCGAAAUGGCCAACGAUCGAAGUUACGAAUUUUCGUGUAAAUGUUACCAGCCAUGUGACGAAACGACAUAUCAAAAAGCCGUUUCUCUCUCAUACUGGCCGUUGGAAUUCUACCAACUUCACGCAUUACAAGUCUUCUUCGACACAACCAUCAAACAAAACUUUAUGCACGAGGCAUACACUUACUUAGCGCGUCUGGGCAACUUGGACCAUUCAAUGGACCCCAACGAUACCAGACGCAACGAAAUUUUACAACAAAGUUACAAUCUAAGUGACAAAGACCAAGCAGAGCGAGCGUCAAAUUUAAUCAGACAAAACCUGCUGAGACUCAAUGUAUAUUUGGAGGGGUUAAGUGUGGUGGAAUUCCGUCAAAUGGCGGCAUACGGAUUAGCUGAUUUAUUCGCAGACAUUGGUGGUACUUUGGGACUGUGGAUGGGUAUCUCAGUUUUGACAAUCAUGGAACUGAUAGAACUAAUAGUCAGACUUUUUUUGCUUCUGUUUAACUCCGAGAAGAAGAUCCCAGAACAAGAUCCUGUAUCCAAUGGCAUGCUAGAAACUGAACGAGAUUACGAGUAUGAACGAACUGGUGUGGAAUCCCCCGUCUGA